AUAGCCAAUUAAGUCCACCAUAUCGGUAUGCCGUUGUUAUGAACGCCAUGGUGUACCGGAUUACCAGGCUAAGUAAGACUUCGACGUAGAAUGAGUCUUUCCAUCUAGCAUGGACAUCACUAGAGGCAGUUUAGAUGAUAUCACCAGGCCAGCUAGAAGCUCUAGACACAGACCUGGUAGCAGAGUAUCACUCAGCAGCCCAGUUAGUAGGCCCCUCAGUGUCACCAGUAGCUCAUUGGAGAUAUUGCCUCCUGAUCCUGAUAUACUGCUGCAAGAAGACAAUGAUCUGGCUGUGGUUGAGUUUCUGGAGUCAGAAGACGAAGAAGUAGAAGAUGUAACAGAAGAAGAAGGCAUCAGUGAAAUCGGUAGAAGUAAUGGAGUGUUCAAUGCUCACAGGGUUCAGGAUAGGCUACACAAUCUAGACCUUCUCCUAGCCAAAGAUGAUGAAAGCAUGGGUGGUAGCAGUCCCGACACCGAUGGACCAAGCAGUUUAAGAGAGCUUACAUAUGAAGCUCAUCUCAACCACACUGAUGAGGGGAGGUAUGGGAGAAGUUCAUCAAGGACUUCAUCUAGGGGACAAGGAAGCGAGAACCAGGAUGGGAGGCAAGAGGUGGAGGAAGAGGAAGAUCCGGAUGCAGACUUGGCAACCAUCACGGAUCCUGAGCUGAGAAAGGCCAUCAAGAAGAUGCGAAAGCUAGAUCGUAUCUUGAACACGAGAGUGACGAGGGAGAAGGAGGUGAAACGCCAGAGGAAGAUACUCCAUCAUCAGCUGGAGGAAGAGCUGGAUGCCAUCAAAGAAGAGGGUGGUGGGAAGUCAAAAGAGGCAUCAGAGAACACGACUAGGUUCCUAGCGUUGGUACCUCCUGUCAGCCAUGAUGAAGGAGUAAACAUGGAAGACAUUCCUUCGACUCCUGUGUUUGCAACGCAGCCUCCAGAGGGCAGCAGCGCGUCUCAUAAAACUUCAUCAUCAAGUGAACAUUCUAGUCCUGCAAGGUCCAUAGGUCAGAGCAGGAGAGCUUCGAAGACAUCACCCAGGGAUCAUCUCAGAAAACCUAGACCACCUGGAGCAGGCAACCAGAGGAGGAAAGAAGAUGAACCAGAUUUCAUUCAAAGGAAUAUUCAGUUGGCUUCAGAUGCUGGUAAUCUGAUUGCAAUGACAGAUGAUGAAAAGAAAAGACUUGAAGAUUUGCUCUCAGAGGUUGAUGUGCUUGCAGGAGAGCCAGACGAGGGUUCUUCUGGGACCAAUCUUCAGUUGAAUCCCAUCAGUGGAUCAGGUUACAUACCUGAUGCAGACAGUCAGAUGCUUCUUAAAGAUAUUGAUGAGAAACUCAAGAACCUACUCCCAUCUGAUGAUUUCAUGGACAUCUGUAGUACCCCCUCUAUGCUUGGAGACAGACGAGAGUCAUUUAAUACUGUAGCAUUUGACCUGGGUGAACGUAUCCUCAAGGACACCAAGGUAGAGCAGAGUCAGCAGCAGAGACUCAAAGACAUUGAGCAGGAACUUACCAGUCUUCAAAAUCAGGUGGAAAACGAGAUAUCAUCACCAUCAUUAUCAAAGGCUCAGCUGAACUCCCUCCUGCAACGCUGCUCUGAUGCCAGCGAUAGGACCAUGACAGAAAUCACAUCACCCCGUCUCAAACAGACACCGUCAACACUACAGUCCAACCAGUCCUCUCCCAGACUAAACAGUCAGCAAUCAUCACCCAGACUGCAUGGUCAGGAGGGUAGUCAGGUGUCACUGGAUGCACCCCCUGCUGCGAAGCUCUCUGAUGGUGCCUUACAGCAGCUUCUCUCUGAGGCCAAAGCCAGCUUGGGGCUGCUGGCCCUAGAGAAUGCUGAUAGCAGUCGGGCCAGUAGCAGGACCACAAACACCUUGAUGACAGGGAGGGACUCGGAAUCACAACUUGAGUUCUCGUUAGGUGACUCACCGAGAUCUGAAAUGAGUAUGAAUACAUCAAGAAAUCUCGUCUCUCAUGAUGUCAUCCAAGAACUUCUGAAGAACCCACGUGCCACCUUGUUGCAAUCCAGCCGCCAGCAGUACACAGAGAACUAUGAAGAUAAUAACCAGGAUAGGGAACUUGAUGAUGAUGAACUUAAUGCUUCAUUGGAAAUAUAGAAGUCAACAUUAGACCCAUCUGGUCAAGUGGGAAACAGAAUGGAGAGGGUGUUUAAAAAAGACUUAUUCUUGUUACUGAAGAUAAAAUACUGACAUGGUUAAUCAUCCUCACAAAUCUACAGAAUAAUUGGAUGAUACUCAGAUAGCACUUACUAAGUAAAGCUUGAUGUAACUUGGCAGUAGGUUACACAGUUCUUUGAAGUGACUGUCACAAACUUAUUUACCCUGUGUAGGACUUUGCCUUAACUUUCUCAGCAAUGAUGUAUUUUCAUGAAG